GCCUCACAGAAAUUUAAAAAAUCUCUGUUCUUCGUCUUCUGAUUCGCAGCAGACAAAAAAAAUAAGAGAAAGUUUGUGAAGUCACAGAUACGCAUAGUUCACAAGAUAUUGUUGAAAUCUGUUGGUGAUGGAUUGCUCUGAUCAUGCAAGUAAAAUGGCAAAAUCCGCUACAGGGAGUAGUGCUAUCCGGAGGAGGCCUCGGGUACUACUUGCUGCUUGUGGAAGUGUUGCUGCUGUAAAAUUUGGACAUGUUUGCCGUUGUUUUGCAGAAUGGGCAGAAGUGAGGGCAGUUGUCACAAAAUCAUCCUUGCGUUUUAUUUCUGUACAAACAUUUCCUAAGGAGAUUCAUGUAUUUUGGGAUGAUAAUGAAUGGAACACUUGGAAAAGGAUAGGUGAUCGUGUGGUUCAUAUUGAGCUUAUUAGAUGGGCUGAAAUCAUGGUCAUUGCUCCAUUGUCAGCUAAUACUCUUGGUAAGAUAGCGGGAGGGUUAUGUGACAAUCUUCUGACAUGUAUUGUGAGAGCAUGGGACUACAGGAAGCCACUUUUUGUGGCACCAUCCAUGAACUCUAUCAUGUGGAAAAACCCUUUCACAGAACGGCAUUGCAUUACCAUUGAUGAGCUUGGGAUCUCUCUCAUCCCACCUGUCGCACAUAGGGGAGCUAAUGGGGAUAUUGAGCAUGGAGCAAUGGCUGAACCUUCUACCAUUUACUCAACUGUGAGGCUUUAUUAUGAAUUAAAGAUGCAGUAAAAGGUGUAGGUAACCAGGACCAACAGUUUUGACCAUUAUGGUGUAAGUAUGGAUUUUUGGUUUUGUCAGAAAUCUUGACUCUUUUUGAUCUUUUAUCAUUUGAGUUAAGUACUUGAAUAUACUGUGAUCAUAUUUGAUUUGGUCAUAUAGUUUCAUUGAGCAGUGCAGUGCCUCUUACUCUGUAGUAAGUAAUAAGAUCCCUAUUAUUGAAGUAAAAUUUGAUAUGAAUUUCUUAAAAAUUA